GCAGAAUAAUCCCAAGGCGUCGCUGGAGCGGAUGGCGUGGGAUGCGUGUACGAGGUUGGGCAGAGAUCGGCUGCCAAUACCGAAUUGACACCGGCACGCAUUCCAUGCAGCAAAAAGGACUCUUUGCUUCGUGCGUGUUCAACGAUUGCCUGCGGCUCGUGCCCGCCGGCGCGACCAAGUGCGACUUCCACAAGGACAAGAAGCAGUGCGCCGUGACGGACUGCUACAAUCAGGUCGUUGCGAGAGGCAGGUGUUCCAAGCACGGAGGUCGACCUCGAUGUGCCCACGACUCGUGCGUCUUGCCAGCAAAGGGCGGCGACUACUGCCUUCGUCACGGCGGAGUGUCGAGUCGUCAGCUCUGUCAAGUGUCUGAGUGCAACAAACAAGCACAUGCGAAGCACCUUUGCGUCAAGCAUGGUGGCGGGAGUAAGUGCUUCUUCCCUGGAUGCUCGAGGCACUCUCGAAAAGCAGGGCUGUGCCACCGCCACCGAAGGCUGGGCGCGUUCUGCGGGAUCGACGACGACAACGUCCAGCUCCACUUCGACAUGGUGUGCGCGAAGGGCCUCGAGUUGGCAUGGUAAUAAUUUAACAAAGGAAUUGGCGUCUGCGCCACAGUACCCUUGCC